AUGAACGCUUCAGCUACUUUUCUGCGGCUAGCUAGAAGCUUCAAGCCAGCUUCGGUAUCUAGGGUUUCAAAGGGGAUAAGGGAAAGGGGGAGGACAUGUCCGCAAUGCAGAUACAUUUCUACGAGCACUCCGAGGGCGAAAGCCCAGCCGGCGGAUGACCCGAACUUCAUGUCUAUAGUCGACAACCCGCCGACUCUGGUGCGUACUGGGAAGAGACAUGGACCCGGCCUGAUUAUCCUCGCAUUCAUCCCCAUCACAGCUUUCGCCCUCGGAACAUGGCAAGUCCAGCGCCUGGACUGGAAGUCAAAACUCAUCGCCAAGUUCGAAGACCGCCUCGUGCGCCCCCCGCUCCCCCUCCCGCCACACGUCGACCCCUCCGCCAUCCACGAGUUCGACUACCGCCGCAUCUACGCCACGGGCAUCUUCCGCCACGACCAGGAAAUGCUCAUCGGACCGCGCAUGCAUGACGGCACAGAGGGGUACCUGGUGAUUACGCCCUUAGAGAGGGACGGGGAGGGCACUACGGUGCUGGUCAAUCGGGGCUGGAUAAGCAAGAAGAUGAAGCAGCAGGAGAAGAGGCCGGACGGGUUGAAGAAGGGCGUUGUGACUGUAGAGGGACUUCUCAGGCUGCCGUGGAAGAAGAACCUGUUUACGCCGAAUAAUAAUGUCGAGAAGGGGGAGUUUUAUUUUCCAGAUGUUGAGCAGAUGGCGAAUUUGACGGGGAGUCAGGCGGUGUGGAUUGAAGAGACCAUGGAACCGGAUUUGUUGAAAGCUUGGGACAGAGAAGCCAGAGGUGUUCCGAUUGGAAGAGCAGCUGAGGUCAACCUGCGGAAUAAUCAUGUGCAGUAUAUUUUUACAUGGUAA